CCUGGACUUGUUUAAAGAGGCCGGCCAGUCACUUCCAAAGUCUGUCUUGGUAAUGGACCUGCUUCCUUAGGGAGAACCUUCUUGGGAUCAACGAAAAAGCAAAAGGCAAAUGGACUGCCAUCCCGACUGGGACAAAGAGUCAAACGUUACCUCAGGAGGCCAUAAUGGAAGGACAGCAUGGAAGGAACAGUAACCCCACCGGGAUGGUUGGCGAUCCUUAUCCCAGUCAAGUCCAAGAUAUGGCUCUAUCUGGAAUUUCCUUUUCUGUGAGGUUGUGGUGUCUCUUCACGGGUAUGUGGUUUCUUCAAACCACACUCCUACCCGAAGCAUCAGAGUGGGAGACAUUGUGCUUCCCAGAUUAUAACGCCUCAUUCUUCUGUUUUGAAGAUUUUGGUGAUACUUACAAUGUCUGUGUUCAAACAAUAUCUGGUGAUGACCAACUCUCAAUAAAAAGUCUUCCUGGUUGUCCUAAUGAAAGAACAUUAAGCAUUUCCUUUUCCAAAAACGUAACGACAGGCACUGCAAACUCUUCCCAAAAUAAAACCUGUACUGAAACACCUGUGAGCAAAAGUUUUUUACUGCUUGGAAUUCAACAAAUUUUAAACGGAAAAUAUUCCAACAACUGCAUUCCAGCAACACUGAGUGUUAUGAACAUCUCAGUCUUAUUGAAUACAGAAUUUAAUAUUUCUUGCUAUAAUGAAACUAUACAAAAUGUUUCCUGGUUCAAAAACUCUACUCAGAUCUCCUCAAGCAACAUCAGCAACAAUAUGCUGCAUCUUGGGAAAGCAACAAUGGACCAAAAUGGAACGUACUUCUGCGUUGGCACAUCUGCGUCUGGACUAGUAUUGGCCAUGAUACAAGUGACAAUUACUGCAUCCAAAACCAAUCCGCCAUCAUUUGUAUUAAUAAUUAUCUGUGGAGUGAUUGCAGUUUUCUUUCUGCUUGGCUUCAUAUUGCUAAUGAGAUGUGCAGCUAAUCAGGCAAAUGUCAAGUCACAGUCAAGAGCACGUAUGGACUCCAAUGUGACCAGCACCAUGGAAUAUUGAGCAAGAUAAUUAUAAAGUUUAUAAACACUGGCCUUUUGAUGAAGAAAAAGCAGAACACUGUGAGCAAAAAGUGACUGUCUGUCCCAUCUUAGGCUAAAUAAUGGAGGUACCCGUCUUCCUCUGAUGAAUGAGUCACCCGAUUUGAGUGGCUAACCUUCUUCACUUGUCCUGUACAUACAUCAUAGACUAUGCAUUGUUAAUUUGUCAUUUUUUUUGUAAUAAUUUUUUGUAAUGUCAUUUAUAACUGUAUAUAUUUCAUGGUAUCAAAUAGCUACCUUGCAGUUUAAAAGCUAUAAAAGGUAUGUUAGAUAAUCUUGUAUUUUUUUCUUUAAUUUGAAUUUCAUAUUUAAAAUCCUGUAUAAUUUUUACCUAGACAAAUGAAAAGUUUACAUAAAAAAUGAUUAUUAGGAAUUAUUAUGUUGAUAUGUUUUCUAUAUAUUUUCUCUGGAAUGCUUGGCGACAGUGGGGUGGUAUUCAGUCAUGCAUGCCAAAGAUAAGGGUAUUUAAUUUAAAUUAUUCAUACUGCUUAAGAUUCUCAUUUAAAACUGUCAUCUCUGCCCUCAUGCCCAGCAUUCAUUGGGCAUUCUUAAAGAGAAUAAAUAAAAAUGUACA